ACGUUUUCCAACACUAACGCAGCAAAUUUUCUGAGCGUGCGGCUGAUUUUUAUAAACAAUUGCAAUUUUCUCAAAAUAAAAACUAAUAUAAGCCAUUAAUUAUGAAUGCGCCACCGACCUUCGAAUCAUUCCUGCUGUAUGAAGGCGAGAAGAAAAUCAUAAAGGAAUUGGACACAAAAGUAACAAAUGCGGCGAUAUUUACGAUAAACAAAGAGGAUCAUACUCUGGGCAACAUGAUCCGCAACCAACUGUUGAAGGAUCCCAAUGUUUUGUUUGCCGGUUACAAGGUUCCCCAUCCCCUGGAGCAUAAGUUUGUUAUCCGGAUUCAGACUACGGCGGACUACUCGCCCCAGGAAGCAUUCAUGAACGCCAUUACCGAUCUGCUGGCCGAAUUAUCACUUUUCGAAGAGCGAUUCAAAGACGCUAUCAAGGAAAAGAAGGAGGGUGGAGAUUAAUUUAAUAUUUUCAUUGUAGCAUUUUAGUCUCAUGUAAAAACCCCGAAUAAAGCGUCUUACUUCACUUUAUGAAUUUUA